AUGCGUCUCAUCAACGUGAGCGGAGUCGAUACCGACGAUGGUCUCAAAAUCGAAGAAUUCCAGAAUGACAAUAUCCCGUCAUACGCGAUUCUAUCCCAUACGUGGGGUGAGGAGGAGGUUACCUUGCAGGAGAUGGAAGAGACAUACGCAAUAAAAAAGGGAUUACUUGGAAAGAUGUCCAAGGUUCACUAUGGGGAAGAUAACGCGGCGAAAAAAAAAGGAUACGCGAAAAUUGCCAUGACAUGUACAACCGCCAAGAGACAUGGCUGGAAGUACGCCUGGGUCGAUACCUGCUGUAUCGAUAAAACCAGCAGUGCAGAGCUGUCCGAAGCAAUCAACUCGAUGUACCGAUGGUAUCAGAAAGCGCAAGUGUGUUAUGUCUUUCUGGCGGAUGUCGUGUCUUUGGAUGAUUUCGCAAGUAGCAGAUGGUUCACCAGAGGAUGGACACUUCAGGAGUUGAUUGCUCCGACGGAGAUACUUUUCUAUAACAAGUACUGGAAGAUACUAGGGACGAAACAGGGUCUAUGGCAAAGAAUCGAGGACAGGACUCAGAUAUCGCCUCUGGUCCUACUAGGCCCAGAGGGCUUGGAGGAGAUCACUAUUGCCCAGAGAAUGUCGUGGGCGGCAAAUCGGAGCACAACUAGAUCUGAGGAUCGAGCAUACUCCUUGUUGGGGCUUUUUGACAUAAACAUGCCGUUACUUUACGGAGAGGGAGAAAAAGCUUUCAUCAGACUCCAAGAAGAGCUGAUGAAAGCAUACGAUGAUCCUUCCAUUCUCGUCUGGGCGUCUAAAACAGAAGAUCAUGGUGGGCUGCUUGCUACCUCCCCAGAUGCAUUUGAAGGCAUGGCGGGUAUUUCUAUGCGCAUAUUCCCCAACAGCCUCAGAAAGACUUCCUGGACCCUGGACAACAAAGGAAUUCAUUUGAACAUGCCUCUUCUACCAGUCGGACAUUCAGGGCUCGUGCUUGGCAUACUUGGUGGCGUUUACGUCAACCAGCUUGAUGAUCCAGCAGUGAUUUCACACAGGAGUUUUGGUAUUUACUUGCAGGAAAUUUCAUAUGAAGGAAUUAUGUUCAGACGGGUAUGGAGUGACAGACUCGAAUUGACCGACGACUAUGAUUACCUCCAUGCCAACCUUGUAGUGAAAGAGGUAUGCGUUCCACAGCGGCGCCGAGCAGCCGCAGUCAGGAUAGCACGGCAACAAAGGGCCCCGGAGGUAUUUGACCCUCUAAUGAGUGAUUUCGAAAGUUUAUUCAGGGGACCGUGGAAGCCCACGCCAUACGCCAGACGCAGAUUACCGGUCUCGUCAUCAGGAUGGGGAGUCAUGGAACGAUUCUUGUGUGCCGCGAAGAUUGGGGAUGAAGAGUCUGUCAGAGAGCUUGCCAUCGUUGACCCAAGAGUUGUACAGUGCUCAGAUGAUCACCAGAGGACAGGGCUGUCAUACGCAGCAGAAGGCGGCCAUGUGAAAGUUGCCUGGAUGAUACUGGUGAGACUCAUGUGGCUUGGAAAAAAGCCGAGCGAUGAGUGUUUUCAAGGAAGAACACCGCUUUCGUAUGCAGCUGGACGCGGUCAUAUCGAAGUACUCUGGCUGUUAUGUAAUUGGCCUGGAAUCUAUCUAGAUUCAGCCGACAAGAAAGGAUGGACCGCGUGGGCCUAUGCUGUUAGGGAGGGGCAGGUGGAGGUGAUCCGGUUUCUUCUCUCACAGGCCCAGGUUAACAAAUUCAUGGUAGACGCCAGUGGACGGACACUAUUGUCACAUGCGGCAGAGUGUGGGAGAAGGGAUAUAGUCGAAUUGCUGCUGAAAAAGACCAGUCAUUCCUACACCCAUCUGAAUGAUCGCAACGGACUUUCAGCAAUCGAUUGGGCCCAGAGAAACGGGAGUGAGUCGGUGUUACAGUACUUUGCACCCUACUCCCUACGUUAA